AUGAGUCAUCUUCCCGCUCUGCUCCCAGUCCCCUCAACCUGCAAACAUAUCAGUCACCUAAGCACAACUCACCUACAAAAACACGUACCACUGCCGCUCCCAGUCCCCUCACCCUGCGAACAUAUCAAUCACCUAGCAACGCACUCACCGACUGCAACACGUACCACUGCCGCUCCCAGUCCCCUCAACCUGCAAACAUAUCAGUCACCUAUGCAAGCACUCACAAACUGCAACACGUACACUGCCGCUCCCAGUCCCCUCAGCCUGCAGACAUAUCAAUCACUCAAGCAACGCACUCACCAACUGCAACACGUACCACUGCCGCGCCCAGUCCCCUCAACCUGCGAACAUGUCAAUCACUCAAGCAGCACUCACCAACUGCAACACUACCACUGCCGCUCCCAGUCCCCUCAGCCUGCAAACAUAUCAAUCACUCAAGCUGCACUCACCAACUGCAACACUACCACUGCCGCUCCCAGUCCCCUCAACCUGCAAACAUAUCAAUCACCUAGCAACGCACUCACCAACUGCAACACGUACCACUGCCACUCCCAGUCCCCUCAACCUGCGAACAUAUCAAUCACUCAUGCAACGCACUCACCAACUGCAACACGUACCACUGCCGCUACCAGUCCCCUCAGCCUGCAAACAUAUCAAUAA